AUGGCUGACGAGAUUGCGUCACGGGUGUCGAGUCUGCGUAUUACUGAGGAAGAAGACAAAGUAGUAAAUUUUGAUGAUUUUGAGAGUACGAACAAGAAUGAUGAUCUUGAAUUAACGCUUGUUGGGAAAGUAUUGACGGUACGUAAUUAUAAUUUUGAUGCUUUAAAACGAACCUUGAACCAAAUCUGGGCGAUCAAAACCGGGGCUUUGUUUCGGCCGAUUGAAAAUGGCCUGUUCGUUGUACAAUUUGCGUGCCGCAGAGAUAAAGAAAAGGUGUUAGAUGGCCGACCUUGGACUUUUGAUCAACAUCUGGUGAUGCUGCAGGAAGUUGAGGAUCAUGUCCAGCCAUCAAAUAUAGAACUGCGACGGUGCCCUUUCUGGAUGAGAUUAUAUAAUUUACCGAUGGGUUAUCGUUCGGAAUCUUAUGUACGUAGGAUUGGAGGCUGUAUUGGGGAUGUUUUGGAGGUAGAAUCAGAUGGAGUGCAAUGGGACAGAUCGGCGCGGGUUCGGAUAUUACUGGAUAUCAAGAAACCGUUGCGGAGGGUUCAAAGAAUCUCAUUGAAGGACGGUAGUACGGUGCUGGUUGACGUGAAAUAUGAACGUUUGCCCACAUUUUGCUAUGCGUGUGGAUUGAUUGGUCACAUUGAACGUGACUGUUUGGUGAACCAGGAGGAAGAUGGGAAUGAAGGGAACAAAUCAUCUGCCAUCACGGAGGCUGCUAGGGAACCGGUUGUUACGGUGGAUGAAGAGGUGGGUAGUGGGGUGAUUUUGGAGAAGGAAAAGGAGGAUAGGUUGGAAUUUGAUACAACUAUGGAAGAUUUAAACACACAACAAGGUACUGCUGUGGUACCACAUUUGCAGGAGGAAGGUAAUGUGGAUAAUCUUUUUUGUUUUGUUGCAAAUAAUGAUAGUGGCAUUGUUAAAUCUCGAAAAGUAAAACCGAAAAUUCAGCACUCAAAAAAAUCUAUUGUGGAGAAGCAAGCUAGUCUACGUAAGACCAUGCAUGAGCCUAACAGUGGGGAAAAGAGAAAGUGGCCUGACCAAAUUCAAUUAAUGGAACCUAGUGAUGAUGCGGUGGUAACAAAGAAAAGCAGAGUUGUGGGAGACUUAAAUCUGGACAGUGGUGAUCAAACUGUUGAGGCGGAGAUUGGCGGAGACCAACUCCGCCGGGCAUUAUGA